AGCUGUUUUGUUGGGUCUUUUUGCCGAUGAAAUUCGCGUAGAGAAAACAACAAAUACUCUGCAAUAAUUAACUAAACUCGUAACAAAGAUGCUUCGCAUCAUUUUUCAACACACGCUCCGCCGGAGGGAAGUUUUCCGGCUGGCGUCCUUUUGCGAUUCACGAAAGGAGGGCAAUCCCGAUCAGGUGCCGUGCAUUGAUAUUGAGGACCCUAAAUUGGUGAUGAUUCCUGAGUAUCCGUUCAAGGAGAACGAAUCGCUGGCAGUGCAGAAAGCGAGACUGCUUUAUCAGUCCCGGAAGCGCGGAAUGCUGGAAAAUGACCUGCUGCUGAGCACAUUUGCCGGAAAAUACCUUCAGCAGAUGACGCCGGAGCAGACAAAGCUCUAUGACAGAUUGAUCAAUGGUCCCUCGAAUGACUGGGACAUUUACUACUGGGCCACGGAGAAGAAACCCAUCCCGACUGAGUAUGACAACGAAAUAAUGACUCUUCUCCGGGAGCACGUGAAGAAUGCGCCGCGAGAAGUGAGAUCCAAACAGCCUGAUCUCGGUGAAGUGUCGAAGAGUCAGUGAAAAUUGUGAAUAUAAAAUGUAUUACGAACCA